UGACCAAUCAACUUCUUUGAAAAAGGCCGCCAUCUUGACUCAUCUACUGUGAAAUUCAAUGGAAACACUACGGGCUAUUUCUUAAUUUCAAAGAUUAUCAACUUAUUCUAACCCUUGUGAAGGUUGCUGUGGCGGUCAGUUCAUAUUCAACUAGCCAUGGCAACCCCGUCUGGUGGUAAAUUUCGCCCGAAACGAUCUCAUUACUCGCGUAAACCGUACGAACGUCCAAAACCGAAGUCUCUUUUAGCUCGCGUCUCGGAUUCAGUCAAGGACUUCAUCACACCAUCCUGGCUGAAUAAUCUCUGGAACAAUCCCAAUGACGAUGAUGGGGAAGGCAGCUCGCGUUCCUCAACCCCAGAGCUGCCCGCCCAGCCAGACGGACCAGCAUCGGGCACCCCGAACUUCAUGCCUUCUGCGGUGGCAACAAGCACCCCAGACAUCAAUCUCAACCUUCGAACUGGUAAAGAGGCUCUAAGCGAACCCGGGCCACCUAGCAUGGAGACCACACCCAUAGUGCAAUUUGAAGAGGAUGUUGUAAAGGAUGGCGGUAGAACUGUCAGGAAUGAGGACGAUGAUGUGGUUAUUAUUGACGAGGAGCAACCCAGUACCAGCACGGGAAUCAGACAUACUCCCCUGCCGUUCAGGAACUAUGCGAAUCCUAUAAGUACGUCAACACCAAACGACGACAUGCAGUUGUUGGGCGGAAGGAAGCAAGCCGUUGACAAAGACGAUGCUUCUGAUACGUCAGUGUCAACGAGUGGCUGCUCUUCCCUGGUACCCCACGUAGACAGGGUCGAUCAUAAGGAGAAGUUAUCCAAGAAGAACCUGGAUAGGUUAUCAGAAAUGGGGCAUUCCAACUCUCUUGCCAAAAGCAGUCUUUGGACGGAUCUGUCCAGUGCCGGCCCCUCUUCUGCUGGUGCUGCCGGCCUGUCAUCGUCGAGGCCUCAGCCAUCCAUAGGCAGUGCCAAGAGACCGUCCUUCAAUAGCUCAUACUUCGGCUCUCCCAAACUGCUUGGGGAACCCAGGCCGAAGCACGCCUCUCCGUUCUAUCCAGGGAGGACACAGUUUGGAGGAUCUUCGGCGCAGCGUACUGCCCUCAAGAGGCACCGAGAUUCUCCAUAUGAGGUGCACUUGCCAGUCAAGAGGAAUAUCCGGCCCAAGCCAGCCCAGUCGAGCCUGCAGGAUGGCUUGGGAGCGACCAGCUCAACAGCUAAGAAGAUCCUGGAUACCUUAGAAAGGAUGUCCACACCGCUCCUGGAUGCCAAGAAGAUCCCUCUCUCUCCAACCGCUUCACCUUACUCCUUUAGGCCAUCAAGCCGACUCUCCGGUCGGCCCGGAACCUCGCGGGUGAACACCCCACCCACAGCCGGUCUUCGUGUUGCUCAUCAGGCAAGCAUCAAAGCCAACAGGCAACCUCCCGUUUCCAUGGCUACCACGGUGAUUGAUCUCGAGAAAGAGGAAAGGGUAUCGGCUCCAUCAAGUGAUGAGGUCCUACCAUUGAGUACAGGUGCUCCAACGAUAAGCACAGCGCCAUCAUUCCGAUUUGGAGCACCCAUCACUUCUUCAACUCCAGCUGAACUCCCUUCAGCCAGGGAGAAGUCUGGGGGCAAAAUGAAAUCGAAGAGCAGGGGUGCAGGGCAUUAUUCAGCACAGAAAGCUGAGCAAGAAGUGUGUGAGAUUCCAGAUUUACCCGCGAUACCACUACCCCUAACCAAGGGACUCCCAUCAUUCAGCUUUGGUUCAAACUUAUACUCCUCAACCUCAUCGUCGACCUCCAAACCCUCGACGACGUCAUCUACAUCCAUCUCUGCUGCCUCUACAAAGGACAGUAAUCUUGUUAGUAAUAGUAAAAAUGUUUCAAGUAAAAGCAGCAUUUCCACAACCCCCGCCCAAUCAUCAACAGUGCCAUCGUUCAAAUUUGCUGCUCCAACGUCGACAUCGGCAGCGACGUCGAUCUCGGAGGGUCCCCAGUUCACCUUCGCAUCUCCCAUCAUUAAGCAAACCGGCAGCAGUUCCACUUCGUCCUCAACGAAUAGUUCUUCCACCGCGACCACCUUCAAAUUUAGUAUGCCCCGUCAGACCCCUUACUCGACAUCCAGGCCCUCGACCAGCGCCCCCGUUGGCGGAAAGAAACCAAGUUUCGAAACCCCCGAAAGGACCAGGAGGAAAGGAGAAGACGACGAUGACGUCGUGGAGAUCAAAGACGACGAGGUGGAAGAGCAACAGGGUGGGAUCAAGGUGGCAAAGGAACUCAAGACGGGAAGCUGUCUGGAAGUCUUUGGUAUUAAACCCACUCAGAAUGGUCCCAUUCCAUCAUCAAGUUCAAAAGUGCAAGAACGUUCUGCCAAGGAAUCCAAAACAAAGAUGGACAAUGGUCCCGUAACGGGAAUCCUCGGUCAAAACUCUGGUGCAAGCAAUAUUCAGAAUGACAAGACACUUUCUAUCAUUAACAAGUUCAAGCCCCCUGCGUCUUCAUGGGAAUGUGAUACGUGUUUAAUACAAAACAAGGAGGAUGCGAGCCAGUGUGUAGCGUGUGCGACGCCAAAACCUGGACAGAAGGCGACGAAAUCAUCAACGUUGUCUACCCCUUUCGGAGCGAAGCCCAAUGCAAUCAUAAACAAGUUCAAGCCACCUGCAAACUCUGUGGAAUGUGAUACGUACUCGAUACAAAACGAUGGUGAUGCUUGUGGAAGUUUGGGGGGUACGACAACGAAGCCGGGACAAAACACCUCAAGACCUGCAGCUUCAAUAGUAUCGGACUCCAAGCCUCCAGUCGUCAAUAGCCUGGCCGAGAAAUUCAAGAAGAAAGCAGAUGAAUGGGACUGCGAUACGUGCAUGAUCCGGAAUAAAGAGAAUGCUGGUACGUGUGUGGCAUGUACGACUCCCAGGCCUGGCAAGUCAAAAGGCGGGGAGGCCACAAAGACGCUACCAAAGGAACAUGCAGUGAAUAAUACAAUAGCUGAGAAGUUCAAAGCAAAGCCAGGGGAAUGGGAGUGUGAUACAUGCAUGAUCAGGAAUAAAGCAACGAUACUCAAGUGUGUGGCGUGUGAGACUCCAAAGCCAGGGAGUCAGCCGACCUUGAGUGCACCCCCAGCUUCAUCAUUCAAGUUUGGUAGUACACCUUUAAGCAAUGGAGACGCAACUGGUGCCUUUAAGUUUGGUAAUUCCACAACCUCGGACUUGUUAAACUCAAACACGAAUGCCAGCAGCGGGGGUUUCAAACUCCCUGCUGGUCUUAGCCUAGGGCAGAGUAUAAAGCCCGCUGCCAGCACGGACUUAAGCGCAGUAACCACUUCCUCAUCAGGGGGUGGCUUUAAAUUACCAACAAACUUUUCUCUGUCCAAAACACUUAGCAACUCAUCAGCAACAGACGCGAAGCCCCCGUCGGCUGUCAAAAGCGUUGAAUCGUCAUUGCUAAGUCAAACAAAAACGGAGCAAAAACUAGAAGUUAAAGUGCCCACAGGGAUGAAAUUCGGAGCCAGUUCAUCGGAGUCGAGCUCUGCGAGCAGUGGGUUAAAAUUAACUACUGGUGCCUCCACAGGAGGGUUCAAGUUCGGACAGAACGAUGCUAGCACUGAUAGUUCGAGUAGUAUAGGAGGUGGAUUCAAAUUUGGACAAAGCCCUGCCACUGCGGGGCAGACGCUACUAGAAAAAGAUGGCCCUCCCCCAAAUGUGAACAUUUUCCAAACGAACGAAACAAAGGUGGAUGGCCCGACGGCACAGAAGGGAUUUAGUUUCGGUGCUGCGACCUCCACCAGUGCGGGAACCACUGAGAAAAAGACAGAAGGUGCGUCCACAGUUGCACCCGCUUUCACCUUUGGUAGCAGUUCCUCAACCAAACUUACAACCUUGAAACCUGAGGCCCCUGCAUUUGGUGCUGGUUCAGUGACCUUCGGUGGCGCCAAACCAACAGACUCUUCUGAUAAACCAGCUGAGAGUAAACCCACAUUUACCUUUGGCAGCACUGCAGCUCCGGAUGCAAGUUCCUCGGCACCAACAAGCGCUUCCACAACACCAAGUUUCAACUUUGGUGGCAGCAGUGCGAGCAAGCCGGAUGCCUCUAACGCAUUGAAAACGGACAGUAAAUCAGCAUUCAUGUUUGGUAGUGCCACCCCUUCCCAAACAGCUGGUCUUGCGUUUGGAGCCAAGACCCAAGAGCCUGCCGCAACUUCUGCUAGUACCUUCACCUUCGGACAAACCUCUGCUGCAGCACCAGAGAAAACAGCUUCGGCGCCAUCCUUCAACUUUGGAGCUCCAGUGGCAAAGGCCAAGGAGGAACCAGCAAAACCAGCAUUUACAUUCGGAAGUCAGAACCAGAACAAUAACCAAGGUGGAUCUGGAUUCAACUUUGGAACGUCUGCUGCCCCCUCUGCUCCGCAAACCCAGACGACACCAUCCUUUAAUUUUGGAGCGGGCAACAAGGCUCCUGCAGCACCUUCAGGUGGUUUCAGCUUCGGGAAUGCCCCAAAUUCGAAUUCUACUGCUACAGGGACAUCAUCAGCAAGUGGAUUUGGUGGAUUCGGUAGCAACAGGAGUAGCACCAACCCGUCUCCUGCAUUUGGUGCCCCGCCCACUGCUUCCCAGCCCCCAUCAACCUUCACCUUUGGUUCCACUGCCACCAGCGCCAGCAGCAACCCCUUCGGUGGCAGCAGCGCCACAGCCAAUGCCACGCCCUUCGGUGGUCAAGCUGCCAACCCCACCUUCGGAUCCGCCAACACGCAAUCGCAGGGGUUCGGAGCCACGCCCACCCAGGGGUCGAUAUUUGGUAGCGGUGCCAGUGCAACAAGCAGCAACAAUGCCUUCGGAAGUGGACUCGGGGCAUCGGCUACGGGCGCUCAGGCAUUUGGUGCCUCCACCAAUGUAGCGCCAGCAUUCGGCACCAAGCCAGCACCGGCAUUUGGGAGUGGGACUGCAAAUGCCACAUCAGGUGGGUUUUCUUUCGGCAAAUCGACGACGCCCUCCUUCAAUUUUGGUGCCACGAACAACGCUACCCCGUCAGGGCCGACCGCCGGAGGUUUCCAGUUCACCGGGAAUCAGUCCAACCAGGCCCCGCAAGUUGCCCCGGCAGCCACCCCUCAGCCAGCAGGGGGCUUUAACUUUGCCGGGGCAAGGCCGCAAUCGUCCUUCAACUUCAGUGGCAACACCCCACAACCUGGUACAACUGCGUUUCAGUUCAACGCAACUACUGGAUCGAGCGACAACCCGUUCAAUGCUUCCGCAACACCAGGGAAUUCUACAUCGACCAGGAAGAUCAAGAGGGCUGUACGUCGGACGGCCAAGAGAUGAGAAACACUUGCUAAAUCGCUCCCCUUUCCCUCCCGACCCUUUGUUUGUUUUCUACCCUCGUGUCUGACUAAUCAUGUUGCUGCUUAAGGUCAUCGCACUCUGUAUCAUCGCGUCAAAGCAAUUGUUUGAAAUCUUUAAAGGACAGUAUCAGAGGUGUUUGUGUUGCUGCAUUCCUGGUGUUUGGGUUGCAUUCAUGUAGAGCAUGUAUUCAAUGCACAUCCUUUUCACUCUAUUCAAUAGGUCAUUUCCGGUAGGGUGCUGGUGUCGGUGUUCUGAGCAUACAUCAGGUUGUCCAUUGGGUGAGGUUUUACCAAGGCACAUUGUUAAACUCAAAACCCAAAGAAGGUGUUGGUGCUGGUUUUAGUAUCCAGAGUGUAAACCAGGCUGCCUUUUUAAUAAAACUGUUCACCAAUCGCGUCAAUAAAUCAACAUUCAAGUAGGAUGUUGUGUUUGCACAGUGUAAACUCAGCUGCCAUGGGAAUGUGUAUUUCCCAAUCCCAUUGUUGAUUCCUCAACACUAAAAUUAAAUCAAUACCAUCAUCGGCUUUAACAAUAUUUUUUGGCCUUAUACCUCUCAAGUUGUUAUCCAUCAUGUCGGAAGUAUGACGGAAGAUAUGUCUUGUAGUUCUCUCUGAAUUUGCAAUAUUUGAGUUAUUUGGAUAAAAACGGUGUGUCAAAUUAAUCAAACUGAAUGGUGGACAAUUUGUUCUGAUCAGAGUGCAACAUGUAUUGGACCGCUGGACUGAAAGAAGAAAAGUGGCCGUUAUGGGCAGGUUUCUGAUUGUAGUUUACCAAAUAGAAUUGUAUUCAAAGAAACAUGAAAUUAUGGUUUUUAUCGAUAAAUUCUGCUUGCUCGUAAUUCAAUUAGAAUGAAAAAAAAUAUUCAGAAUUAUUAGCAUUUCUUUGACAUGUAGUUGCUCCAGGGGGGCCAUUUCAUAAAGCUGUUCACAAGUUAAGAGUGACUUUAAGAAUGACUGGUGAUCCUUUCUUGUGGUAAAUGAUAUUUACCAUUUUAAUGUUCAUUGGUAAUUAUUCAUCGCAUAGAAGGAUCACCAGUUGUUCUUACAGUCACUCUCAAAUUACAAACAUCUUUAUGAAACACCCCGCAGCUUCCUUUAAUAGAGGAAUGUCAUAAAAGCAAUGACUUAAUGAUAUUUGAAAUGUAUUUGGUCAUAGACUGCCCAGAAAAGAUCACAUGAUUAUUCUGCCGAUUUGCAAAACGAAGCCAAAAUCAUAAUUUUUCUACAAUCAUAUUUAAUAAUCCUAUGCCUCUUGUCACGAGGUAAUACACAAAAUGGAGUCUCGCAUCAGUAGUUCAUCUGCGAAUUUAUCCGAGUAAAUUAACGUGCACUUGGGCUAAAACACCAGCUCACAGUAGCAAAAGAAGAAGGCAAAAAUGCGAAAAAAUCAUGGAGAUGUCCUCAAGCAAUGUGAGAAAGGAGUGGGUCGAGAAUCAAAGAAUGUCCAAUAACGAGUUGUAAAUAUUAUGUAAUUUCAAGGCGUGAAUGUAAAUUUCUUGAUAGCGCUCGGAUGGACUCGGUAUGACUAGUAUAAUGAGAAUUUGCCAAAUAGAUGUACAGAAUGUUUGUUAGUACUGUGUAGAGAUAUUUUUUAUUAGUAUUAUUAUUUUAUUAGUAUUUUUAUUGGAAUUAUUCGGAUUUUAUAUUUUAUUUUAGAUUUGCUGGAGGGGGUGAGGUUGAAUACCUUGUUUGGGACUCAACUCUGCAUUAUGCAGGCUGCUGUUGUGUCGCUGGGAAAAAAGAACGGGAAUCCUUUUUGAAACUCCUGCUUUAGGCGCAUAUCCAUGAUCACUAUAUUCUCUUACCUUGUGACAUAUAUGUAAUCAUUUUGGUUUCAUGAAUAUGUGUGAUCCCUCUGGCAAGCCAUGUCAUGCUGUAUUGCUUUUCUCCAUCUAGCAGCGUGAAAUGGGUUCUAGAUGAUUUUAAUAGAUUUGCAUGCACCUGUACAAGGUGGUGUUAGGUAGUUAGCGCGAAUACUCCCCAAGGAGUGGGGUGUGUACACUAGGCCUAUUAUCCCACAGCAUGAAGUGGUUUCAAAGAUUUACCUGCAUUAUGCUCAAGGUGGAGUUGGGUUACCAGCUCGAAUACUCCCCAGGGUGCGGGACAUGUACACUUGGCAUAUCCCACGGCAUGAAGUGGUUUCAAAGAUAAUUUCGAAAGAUUUGCAUGCAUUAUGCACAAGUUGGAGUUGGGUGACUCGCUCAAAUACUCCCCAGGGAGCGGGAUGUGUACACUAUACAUAAGAUGCCAUUCUUUGGCUUGGUAUCAUUCCAUAUUUUGCCACUCUCCACCCAGGUGUUAUAUUGGUGUCCGGUCUGAUGCUAAGGUCGGUGUAGUUAUACCUGGCAAACAAGUUUGAAAAAUCUAGAGUACAUACAUUGUCAUUGUGUUCACCUGCGCAAGAUUCUGAUGACCUUGGUAAGGAUAGAUCUGCAAAUCACAGAGACCUCAUUCUGACUAUUGAGCCAUAUAUAUAUUUACCGAAUAUUUUGUACAUAGCGGUAUUCAGUCGCAAAUAUAUUGAAAAGUUGUCAUCAUUCCAUAACCUUUAUAUUUUUGAUGGCGGUCAUCACAAGGCAUCGCAAAUUCAGUUAUUUUGAAAAAUUCUGAUUUCCCAAGUGCUAUUUUCUUCCUAUUCUUCAUGGGCAUUACAGCAAUUGAUACGUUCCAGGGGUCGUGUUAGCCCAAGGUGAUGAUGGCGAUUGCCUUGGCGCUCUCGACAUUUCCCUAUACCCAACCGUGAUUCUAAGACAUUUUUUUUUAAUUGCCUUUUGUCCUGAAGGCUAUGUGUUCCUAACUCCAAACUGAAGAAAUUUCUGCAUGGCAGAUGCACCCUAAAAAAUCAGUGCCAGCCCUUGCGUGCUAUACGUCUUCAAAGGAAAUUCAUAUCAAUUUUCAAACCUGUGGAAACAUGGCAUUACCGGGUGAGCAUUUCUUUCGUGAAUGGAGAUGUUGGAUCAAGGAGGUCUGCUUUAUCUGAUAGUUGCCAUAGUAACAGUCAGGUACCUGUGCUUCUCGGCCAAUCAAAAUCAAAGAAAGUUGUGAGGUAACAAUUGUUAAUGUACCGCUCCCCCGAUUGUGCUUUGCAAUUUUUAAAGUUUGUGUGAACUUUCCUGAAUUAUUAACUUCAUGUAUGUUUUAAAACCCAAAUUAUGCAACAUCAAGGUUCUUAACGAUCUGUAUGAUUCCCCAUCCAUGUAUUCAACUUGAUUCUCCCCAACCCCUUCCCCUUUCCAGCAACAUUUUGGUCUCUGGUUAGGUUAUAAGUAAAUUUGCUUCUGUCUUGUUUUUCUGUUCUAAAAUGUUUCAAGCAAAGGUGCAGAUUUUUUUUAUUGCUCAUGCAAUAUAUACACUACAUGUAUUUUCUUGAUGAUUUUCCAUACCAUAUGGUCACAAGUCUUUUUUAUGUUUAGAUUAUCAAAGUUUUGGAUCAAUCAUAGAGGUCUAGGAUAUAUUUGUCAUACAUGUAUAUUCAUGCUACAGUGAAACCGACUCCAGACCGGCCAAGGCUAUUAUGUUAUUUCUAAUGACAUACCAUCGGCCGGUUCGGAUUGGUUUGGUAGCAUGAGUGUCUUUUUGUAUUGUACAAACUAUUCAAGGAAAUGUCAAGAAUUAGUGUACGAAGUUAGUAAAGUAUUUCUGUGACACAGAAACGUUAAUCUCUGAAAGUGGAAACAUGCCUGUAGCAAUGUUCCCCCUGUAAUGUUAUAGGUUGUGUUAUGUUGCGUUAACACGUAUAUGAUGAUCAUAGAGUAAAGCGUUAAAUCUACUACCAGUGUGUGCAAAGACUGGCUUAGACCAGGCCUAAACUUUGACAUUCAAGUGUGGAGAGGUCACACGUUUAAUAUAUUUGAAUUUUCACUUUAUUUUCAUCUUUCUUCGGUUUCAGUGUUAUGCAGUUAAAGUGACUUUUUCCCUAAAUGUCUAUAUUGUUCUAUAUUUUAUGUAUUGGUUAUGUUCUAAUAAUGUUCAACUGUGGUCGUGAUUUGUCUGGGGAGCAGAUUAUGCCAAAAAGAUUUUUUUUUAUUGUUUAUGAAAAAAUUAUGUUCACUAUCUUUUGUUCUUUUUUGGAUAUGAAAAAUUAAAUAGCUAGGCGUAAUAGUUGCGACAGUUCAAAGAAAAGCAGUUCGGAAAAUAAUCAAGUCAGCUAAAUUAUUUUUGUAUUUAAUGUCAGAUGAAUGCUUGGAAAAGCCUAAAACAGUUUGAUUAUUCAUAUUAAUGAAGAAAAAAAAUUGUACAUAGAUUUAUAUAUCUAGUGUCCAUGUAUCGGCACGCCUGUACAUAGCGCACUCUGCAUCCUACUUUGAGCCAUUUCAAAUUUUAUUGAAGGUAAAAUUACUUCUAUAAUGUACUUAUAAAACAGAAUUUUGGUUAACAUUUUUUUAUGAGAAUUAUGAAAUGAGUGAGAGCUGUAUAUCAUAUAGUAUGUGAGUGAAAAAUGAGAUAUGUAAACUUUGAGAAUUGUCGAGACAAAUUCUAUAGUGUAUCAGUAUGCAACCGAAAAAAAUGUAAUUCUGCAAGACCUUUGAUGUGUGUCUAUGAAUUUCUACUCUCAACAGGAUUGGAAAUGGUUCAAAAACUCUUGAUUCAGUUGUAUUAAAUUGUGUAAUUAACUUGUAUGAUUGACCUGUUAUGAUUGAGAGAAAAAAAAGGAAUGAUUUGUAAUUUUUUUCUUUUCCAUGGAUUCUAUGUAAAUGUAUAUUUGUACUGGCUGCACCAAGUGAUACGUCUUCUGGGGGAUGAAAUGCGUUUUCUUUAUAAAAAGUUUAUGAGUACUUGGAAAUGUGGAGCAAUUUGCAGAAUGUUAUUGCGAGAGGCAUAAAAUGAAGCCUUCGAUUCGUGGAUGUGUGAAUGAUUAUGACAUUGAGACCGAUCAUCUAUCCAAUUUUCACUGUGUGGAGUUCUGGGAAUGGUAUGAUCCGGUGUACGCGCGUGGAAAAAAAAUAAUCAGAAUUUAUUACUUUAUACCAUACUUGAUUGGUGUCGCUCAGAAGACGGGCUUUGGUGCAGAACAAGAAUAAUUUACAGAAUAGAAAAAGGAUUUUUGAAAUUUGUGUUUAAAUCUGUAUGGGACAUUCAUAAAAUUGGAUCGUUGAUGAAUAAAAAAAAAAACUGGGAAGAUCCAGCGACGGUGAUGAAUAAAAA